AUGGGCAAUCAGUUUGCCUCAUCUUCUGUUGGGGAUCCGUAUGGUCCAGUUUUGAGGGCCUUGUGGAAAGCCAAAAUUCCCAGUAAGGUGGCCAUAUUUGGGUGGAGAGCAGUACAGAAUCUCCUCCCUACUCAUGCCGCUCUGUCAACCAAAGGUUACUCAGGUUCUCCUCCUUUAUCCAUUCAGCCUUCAACCUUGUCCUGGAAGGAUUGGUUCCUGGAGAGAGCCACUUCUAUAACAUCUGAGUAUUUUGAUAAGCUACUAGUUUUGAUGUGGAGCAUCUGGAGGUAUGGGAAUGAUAAGUUGUGGAGGGAUCGAUCUCAAACAGGGCCUGGAAUUGUGGCAUCUGCUAUGGCUUGGUUUGAGGAGUAUUCCUCAGUUCAUCCGGAUUUUGUUGUAUGGAGGUACAAGUGGUAUUAUAAGGAAUCUGUACAUUUCAUUGCUGCCUUUUCCUACAGAUCAGAUUCUGUAACCUCUUCGUUGCAUACUGAAUUGUUGGCUAUAAAGUAUGGAUUGGAGUUCUUGCAGGCCUUGAAUGUUAUAAAGGUCGUGAUUGAGAGCGAUUGCCUACAUGCAGUUCAAGCCAUCAACUCUUUGGCUGGGGAUCUGUCUGAAUUAGUAGCUUUGAUUUCAGAAAUCAAAGGUCUGGUGAAUGCUUUAGGGGAGGUUACAGUCUGUUUCGCUCCUCGACAAGCAAACAUGGUUCCUAGCUAG